GACCGUUGACUAAGUCUAAUAUGUGCAUUUUGAGCAUCAGAUCAUAUGGGACACGUUCAAUUGCAAGACCUAAAAUAAUCUGCAAUAUGAACAUAGCAGCUGGACAAUCCGAUGAACCUCUAAAAUUUAACUUGGAGAACAUAAUAGACCGGGCAAGGAAAUUGUGGGACAGCGCUCCUGCACCUGUCAAGAGUUUCCCUUGGAAUAGAGCAGCGGACAAUUUCGUUCAACUUAUUCUUGACAUUGUUUUGACAGUCACCAAAUACUUGUAUGUACCAGUACUUAUAGUUACCUCAAUCAGUGAGUUGUCUUAUUGUGCACAUGAAAGGAAGCUUUAUAUCACGCUGCUUCCAUUUCUUGUUGGUGUUGGUGUUGCUGGCAUAUUAAAGUCAGCAGCUGCGGAGUCCUCUCCAUCUCCCAAGAAUGCAGAAGUUCCCUGGCAUUUGAUUGCCAUUGGCCUUUUCUUCACUCUGCUAAAGUUGCCGGGACCAUAUUAUCCAUAUUGGGGUCGAAUUUUUAUUCCACAUUUUGCAAAUGGUGCAUUGUUCAGAACUCUGUGGUUUGCUUUCCUCUGGUACAGAAGGCCUAGGAAGUCACUAGAAAAGACCCUGCCUGAUUCAGUAGUUCUUGAUCCUGAACAGAAGGAGCUAUAACUUUUUCGGCGACAAAGUAUUUGAACUGGGGCAAAUCACUAUUUUUGGCAAAUUGUACCACAGCAGAUCCAGUCAAUUGGUCUGUCUAUUGGAUCGACCAAGUUUGAAGAUCUUGGAUUUUCACUUUUAGAGGGGCUUUGGUUUUUUGUUCUAGAGAAGAAAGCUUCUUUCCAAUCAGAAAAUAGGUAUAUCAGUCAAAAGUUUUCAUUGUAAAACAUUCAGUCAAUGUAAUGCUCAAUCUUGUAAGGAAGUGUCUCCCUUCUACUCUUUUUAAUUGUAUUUUCUUAUCAUUAUAAUUGGAUUCUUAUCAGGUUACUUACUGUUAACCAGGUCAA